AUGUACCAAGAUUUCACGUGGGGAAACGCCCCUCUUUCGUCGCUCGAGUCCGUGCUGGGACUUUGCAGUCUCUACUUGUGCACACUGGUUUGUGUUGACUACGUGGUCCCACGAAGCGGCUUCGAUUUGACGAAGGUCGUUAUCAUUCACAACCUUGUGUUGAGUAUGGCAUCAGCUAUUUUGUUUGUGGGCUGCGCUGCAGAAGUUGUGAGCAGAGCAACGGCAGAAGGCACUCUUCAAUGGCUGUUCUGUGAGCACGUGACACAUGCAGAAGGCCCAUUAUAUUUCUGGUCAUAUCUCUUCUUUGUGCUGGAUGCAUCCUUCUCCGUUGCAGCGCUCAUCAGGUUGGAGAUGAUUGGUGAUUAUGUUCUUUUUCGAGUUCGAGGUUUACCUGUCAGUUGGGUCUUCUUCCCUGAGGUACGUUCCUGCAGGUUGCGGAAUGCGCGGAGAUUCGCAGCCCAAAGAAGAGCUUUGAUUCUGAGGAAGUGA